GGGGGUGGUCCCGGUAAUCGACCAUAACGCAGAGUCUAUAACGCUUGCGAUCAAUGCGUGUCUUGAACGGGUCGAGUAUGAUGGUGCGAAUUUACCACCUAGUGUCGGAAUAAUUGAGCAGUCGUCCAAUUCUCCCAAGUGAAGAACGUCUGAUUCUGACAUCAACGAACAUAUACUAUGAUUACCAGGAAUACCUAAUCCUGAUAAAUAUGAUUUAUGCACACGCAUAGCUCCUCGUGCUUGCUGUCCUCACAUAGCAAUCUAGUUUUCAAACAUCUUGGGUAGCAAUGUUUAAUCCCUUAUGCAAACGUGCUUUUAUCGCUAUGUUGUUUUCUCAGGAGUACUACUUACUGCAGUGGAUGAGUGUGCAACGCUCGAUAUGCUCUAGUGUUGGGCCAAAAGUAAUGAAAGGCACAGUACUGCACAAGGACAACACACGACACGCUUUUGAGCUACUCGAAUUAACUGG